AUGUUAUUCAUCCGAACUCAACUAAAUUUCACGCGUCAGACCUUCUGUCGUCAAUGUUCAAAGCUGUCCAUCCUCGACCCGCGUCCCAACCUUCGCAAUGAAAUAAAGAUAGCCAUGAAGAAUCGCGACAGCAAAACAUCUACGACGCUACGCUCAGUGAUGUCAGAAAUUGACUCAGCAGAGAAAACUUCCAAGGCUGGAUUGUCUUCCUCUGAUGUGAUCGGCAUCAUACGAACAGCAAUUCAGCGACGCAACGACGCUGCCAAAAUGUUUACUGCAGCAAAUAGGCCUGACCUAGCAGAAAAGGAACAAAAUGAAGUUAAAAUGAUAUCUAAAUUUGUGCCGCCACUCAUGUCGGUGUCCGAGAUUGACAAUCUCAUUUCAGAUAUAUUGGGUAACUUGAAGGACAAUAACGAACCACACAAAGCAUUGCCUACAAUUUUCAAGGAGUUUUAUUCAAAGGUCGACAAAUCGUCUGUCGAUCGUAACCUUGUAAAAGAAAGGGCUCAGGAACUUUCAAGCAAGCGUGUUUGA